AUGGAACUCCAAAAUCCUAUUCUGCCCUUUUUACUCAUUUUCCUUGUCGCAAAUAUUUCAGCUAUUUCCUGUUGCCAUGACAAUGAAAGAUUAUCUCUACUAAGUUUUAAAUCCCAUGUCACUGACCCAUCAAAUCGUUUAUCUUCAUGGCAGGGCCAAAACUGCUGCACUUGGCAUGGAAUUCGCUGCUCCACGGAACUCCACAUAAUCUCCGUUGACCUCAGGAAUCCAAAUCCACCGACACUUAAAAUUAAUAUGAACUCAGAACUUGUUUCCAUGUCCAAUUCGACAUUUUCUGCUCUCACAGGAACCAUCUCCUCUUCUCUUUUUGCUCUUUCUCAUAUCCGAUAUCUUGAUCUUAGCUUCAACAACUUCAAGUUUUCAAGAAUACCUCCUGGAAUUGAAAAUCUGACUCAGCUUACCUACCUAAACCUGUCAAAUGCUAUGUUUAGUGAUUCCAUUACAACACAAAUUUCCAACCUUACUUCGCUAGAAUGGUUAGACCUUUCAUGUUCUUUAGGGGUUACCGAUUUCUCAUCCAUUUCUUAUAACUUAUCUUCUCAACUAAAUGUCCAAGCUGGUGCUGAGUAUACUUAUAUCAAUAAUGGUUGUUAUCUUUCUUCAUGGAGUUUGGAUUGGUUGCGGGGUCUGCAUAAGCUUAAAGGACUGUUUUUGACAGGCUUUGAUCUGUCAGAGGCUGCUAAGACUACUCAAUGGGCUAAUCCUUUAUCGGGUCUUCUUAAUCUCAGAUUCCUUGUGUUGUCCAAUUGCAAAAUUACAGGGAAAAUUCCAAUAUUUCAGUUUCUCAAUCUCACUCAGCUAUCUUUUCUGGUAAUGGAUUUCAAUUCUUUGACUUCGGAAAUUCCUGUUCAGUUAACUAAUUUGACUUCUCUUUUAGCUCUUGAUCUUACUAGCUCAAACCUGCAAGGUCCAAUUCCUUAUCUUCCACAACUUGUAGGACUUCAUUUAGGUAAGACUAAUCUGACAGUUGAUUUAAAAUCAAUGUUUUCAGUGCCUUGGCCUAAGUUAGAAAUUUUAGACAUUAGGUCUACACAAGUUAUUGGUUCUAUUCCACCUUCAAUUGGUAAUACAACUUCAUUAGUCAGUUUCGUAGCCUAUAAUUGUUUUAUAGGGGGCAAAAUACCUUCUUCCAUGACUAAUCUUUCACACAUAGAAAGAUUGCUGCUUGACUUCAAUAGGCUCGUUGGUGAACUUCCACCUUCAAUUUCCAACUUGAAAAGCCUUAAAGUACUCUCUUUGAUGCAAAAUUCUUUACAGGGAAACAUUCCGGACUCGAUAUGUAACAUUCCCUCUCUCCAGUAUCUUGCUUUGGCAAGUAACAAUCUUUCUGGAUCUUUACCCGACUGCAUUACCCAUUUUCCCAAUCUUCAAGUCUUGUUUCUUAGUCUAAACUCUCUAAACUCGUUUACCGGAACAAUUCAGUCAAUGAAUUUCUCUAAGACCUCUAAUCCAUAUAUUGUAGGUCUAGGUUUUAACAAGCUAACUGUUAAACUAGACCAGCUGCUUUUUCCACCUAACUUCCAGCCUCAAAUGUUGGACUUGAGUUCUUGUAACAUUUCAGGCGGAAUCCCAGAUUUCUUUUCUAAUUGGGCUAAACUUUCGUUCUUAUCUUUGGCAUAUAACAACUUUUCGGGAUUAAUUCCUUCUUGGCUGUUCAAUCUUCCAAAGCUCAGCUAUUUAGAUCUUUCUUUUAAUAGACUAAAAGGAUUUCUACCACCAAAAAUUCUGAUGAACUCAUUUUUUGGUCCAACAACUUUGAACUUAGCAGGAAAUUUUCUUGAAGGGCAAAUCCCUUCCUUUCUUGAGAAUAUAGAUACCAUCGACUUGUCUGGUAACAAUUUCACAGGCUACGUUCCACCGCAAUUAGGUCUUGGCAAUGCAGUAUAUAUAUCAUUAUCUGAUAAUGAACUUUCUGGUCAAAUACCACUUUCAUUCUGUCAAGAAAAUAAUGUAUUGAUGUUUCUUGAUUUAUCCAGCAACAACCUGUCCGGUUCUAUCCCUAAUAGUUUAGGAAAUUGUAAAUUUCUCACUUUUCUAAAUAUUGCACAGAAUAACUUCAGUAACUCAGUUCCUACAACACUAGCAAAUGUGGAAAAUCUCAGCUACUUGGACCUCACUGGCAAUCGUUUUGAAGGGCUCUUUCCAAGUUUUGAAAAGCUUCAAAAUUUGGAAGUACUGAAAAUGGGAUACAAUAAAUUUGCUGGCAAGAUCCCCCAAUUCAUUGGAGAACUCAAGAAGCUUCGAAUUCUAGUACUCAAAUCGAACUCCUUCAAUGAAUCAAUCCCUCAAGAGAUAAACAAGCUAGACAGGCUUCAAAUUAUGGACUUGUCGAACAACAAACUCUCUGGUUUCAUUCCUGAGAAACUAAAUGGUUUGAGGACAUUAGUAAGUCGACCGACAGAUGGAAACCUUCUUGGUUAUGUUAUUUCAGGCGAGUAUGCUGGUGUAGAACUGAACAUGGCAUACAAAGGAUUGGUAUAUCAAUUCGAUGUGGUUCGAACAUACCUUAGUGGAAUAGAUCUUUCCCUUAAUUCUCUGACAGGAAAUAUUCCUCAAGAAAUGACCCUUUUGAAGGGACUUGCAAUGCUUAACCUCUCACAUAAUGCUUUAUCUGGAGAGAUACCAAGAGGCAUUGGAGACAUGAUUGGGUUGCAAUCUUUGGAUCUUAGUUUCAAUAACUUGAAUGGAUUUAGUUCUAUAAAUCUUUUGGAUUCUCUUGGUAUUAUGAAUUUGUCAUAUAACAAUUUGAGAGGGAAUAUUCCACCAGGGACAAGGUUUGAUACGUUGUAUGAUGAUGGUUGGACAUACAAAGGGAACAAGUACUUAUGUGGUGCUCCUGAUGCAAUUGCAAAUUGCAAGAACCAUGUGGACAGCUCUCUUCAAGAAAUUGCAAGUGAAGAGAAUGGUAAGCAAACGGUGUUGUUUAUUGGAACUGUGAUUCUUGGCUAUAUUGUUGGGUUUUGGGGAUACUUUGGGGUUUUGAAUUUGAAGAAGCAAUGGAGGGAGAGGUAUUGGAUGACAAUUGAUAAAAUUGUAUCAAGAAUAAUUGAAUUAGUGUAGAAAUGUUCAAACUUUAUACUGUUGUGUUUAUAGAUUUUGUGAAAUAGAAGAAUAUUCAUAUCUUGUCUUAACAAGUUCAGUAU